AUGUCUACUGACUCUCCCUCGACAAUACAAGGGAAUAUGAGUUCCACCGAAUCGACUGCCUGUGGACAAACUGGCCAUCUUCGUGCUCUCGAUAUGCUUAUUCGUCCUGCUUCGCCUACAUCAGAAUUUUCGGAUACUGAAGGUCAAUAUAACGACGUAAGUCGUCGAGACAAAAAUGCGCAAGACGAGAUUGCAGGGUCACCUACGGCGAAUACACAGCCUGUGUUCGCACCUAGCGAUCUUGAAGAUGGUGGUCACUGUUCCUCUUACGACGAUGGCAAGGAGAAUCGUCCUCCUGCUGGGCUUGCUUUUCGAGUCGCUGUAUCCGACACCCGUUAUCGAGUAGAAGCCAGCGGUACCGUCGAUAACAGACAAGACAGACAGGUUGAAAUGGAAUUCGACCUCCCUCUCUGCGAGCCUGUCAGCAUUACCAUCAGCCUUUCUAAGUCUUCUCCUUCGGGCGCGUCUCGACACACCAGGCAAUACAAGCGGAGAGACUAUGACGGGAACUCGAGGAGUGUGGAUACAGAAUUUCGAGCGUCUGAACGAAGAUGGCAGAACCAUGGGCAGGGGCACAAGCGACAGCGGAUUCACAAAUCUCGGAAGAGCAAGCGACUAGUCGUAGAGGAGUUUUGA